AAAUAAUUUGAGUUGUAAGUGAGUGGUAAAACGUCAUGACGAUAACGAUCAUCAUUUUGACGAUCCUACUGUGGUCAUCAGUCAAAGGUGAGUUACCAGUCGUACGUGACGUGGAAAUAGAGUGGGAUCUUGAGUCGACACCUUUAGAAAUUAGGACUGAUAGUGAGCGUGGGAGUCAAGAUAUCGUGAUGGUUAACUUCUACUCUGCUGGGGGAGAGGGAGCAGGAGGAGUCAUGAUCUACUUCAACGCUGCACGAUACUUACUCAACUACUGCAGCUCAUCCUACGCUUACUUCUCUGUUAAUCCCCACUCUGCAGCUGCUGACAAGGUGUGGCGUAUCACUCUAACCAAAACUGCAGAUGUCAGAGUAGUGAUACACUGUAACGAGGUAGAGGUGCUCAACAUACUGCUCUCUGAUUCAACGUGUGGUAACGCCAAUUACUGGAGCACGUACUGGAACAGAGACGUAGCAAAGAUAGAGUUCACCUCCUAUGACACAGCAUCUGAUUACUACGGACCACAACCAGAAGCAAUUAACGGAGGUUGGAGUUCAGACGGCUCAUGGUCUACCUGCUCAAAGACUUGCGAGGGAGGAACACAAACAAGAAGCAGGACUUGUACAAAUCCUUCUCCUGCACACGGAGGUGCUAGUUGUUCAGGAGAAUCUUCAGAAUCUCAGAGUUGCAACACUCAAAGCUGUCCAGAAGAAGAUACAAGUGAAGAAGAUGAUGAAAGUGAACAGGGAGACAACCAGAACUACUCUGAUGCAGCAGCCCUGAAAGUCAGCCUAAUUUUCCUCGUCGUUCUCCUGUUUGCUGUUAAUAUGAGCAUCUAAACUUGUUGUGGACUGGAAUGGUUCUACGGUACAAAACACUAUCUUAACAUGGUGUUUUAUCGGGAUGUGAUAGAAAAAAUAACAACUCAAAAACCCGGACGAAUCUAUAAAUUUACAAUCUAUAAUUAAACUUUUGAUAUUUAAAAUUUCAAUGUUCUAGACAACUUUCAAUGUUUUAAUAAAAAAUAAAAGAAAGAGACUGUGAUUCAGUAAUUAUUGAUAUUCAUUGUAUGUUUUUUCAGAAUACUUUUUACAUUUAUUGUAAUAUACAUUUUUUCCCCGAUCCAUGACUUUUGUGUCAGGACUAGGAACGUGAA